ACUUCCACUUCUCAUAGUGACAAGGAUUCCGGAGUAAAAUCUUCAGACAAGUAAAAGAUGAUCAAGGCGCCCAGCUCCUCUCCCAUGGCCUUUGCCGCGGCGGCCGCGGCUCUCGUCUUCGUGUCGGCGUGGGGCGGCGCGGACGCGACGAUCGAGAGCACUUGCCGGGUCGCGGCGGCCGGCGACCGGCGCGUGGACGUGGCGUUCUGCACACGCCAGUUCUUGGCAUUCAACGGCGCGGCGGACGCGGACGAUUGGGGCCUGGCCAAAACGGCGGCGCUCGUCGGCAUCAGCCUCGGGGACGACGCCAUCUUCGACCUCACCCACGGGAAGCUCUUCCCGCCGCCCGCCGACAAGAAGGCCGAGGCGGCCAUGGACGUGUGCGUGAAGGCGUACGACCAGGUGGGGUUGGCCUUCGCGAAGACCUCCGACGAACUCAGGUCACGUCGGUGCGCGCCUGCCAAGGAGCAGGUGGCGCGCGUGGCGGCGCUCGUGCAGCGCUGCGAUGCCGGGCUCGCCAAGGUCGGCCUCGCGUCGCCGCUGCCCAAGUACAGCGCCGACUGCCUGCAGACGGCCAUCAUCGCCAUAGCCAUCACCAACCUCAUCAAGUGAUGCGUGCAUGCAUGCCUGCACGCAUCGAACACGUCUAGUUCGGUUCUUAGUUCGUCGUGUGUGACAAAUUAAAACUCGUGUAGGUGUAGCGCAGUAUAUAUUGUUCCUCAUCUUCCUUUACCAAUAAAGCUAUAUAAUAAAUAACGCGCAAUUCGUGCUUGGUUAA